AAUGAACUCAAAAAAAAAAAAAAAAAAAUCCAGCGCCGGCAAAUGCCGCCGCCGCCACCACCUACGUUCCAGCCCUCCACCGGCUCGGCCAUCCACCGUCUCGCACGCGCUCUCCUCUCCGCCUCCAAACCCUCCCUCUCAUGGAGUCCCGCUAUUGAGCAACUUCUACGCUUCCGCCUCCUCCCAGCGGCGGCUCCCCUCACCCUUACCCCUCCCCUCGUCGCUGCCAUAAUCGACCCUUACCUCCUCCCCUACCAUACCCUAGCGUCCGGCCUUUUCCACUGGGCAGCACAGCAGCCCAACUUCUUUCACACCCCGGAGACCUACCACUCCCUCCUCAAGUCCCUCUCACUCUCCCGCCAUCCUCACUUGGUCCGGUCUCUCCUCAAGACGGCGAAAAGCCACAACGUCCCUCUCCUUUCUUCUUCAUAUCACCUCGCCAUCUCCUCGCUUUUGAAAUAUGGAAAGUCCAUCGAGGCUUCCGAACUGAUCGAAUCAGCCACAGAGGAACUGCCUACUUCCUUGUACAACUCCCUUCUUGCCGCACUGUCCUCGGAUGGGCUUAUUGAUGUCGCAAGAAAGGUGUUCGGAAGAAUGCUUAAGAGGAAUAUUAUUGUUAAUUAUGUAAGUUUUGGUGUUUUUAUAGGUAAAGUUUGUGACAUGGAAGGAUUAGAUGGGGUUUUGGGUAUGCUUGAUGGGGCUAAAGAGAUGGAUUUCGGAUUUAAUGGCUCGGUUAUUGCUUCUCUAAUCAUAAGUAGGCUCUGCCGGGCUGGGAAAAUUGAGGAUGCUUGCUGUGCACUGGAACAGCUUAGAAAUAGAGGUUUCAAACCUGAUUUUAUUCCAUACAGGAUAGUUUCUGAAGGUUAUAUUCAAGCAGGUAGAGUAGAGGAAGCAGGGGGAAUACUGAAGAAGAAGAGGAAGUAUGGUGUUGCACCAAGAGAAAACGACUAUAGAGAAUUUAUCCUUUCAUCAAUAUCUGAUAAAAGGAUUCAGGAGGCUAAGGAAUUAGGUGAAGCAAUUGUUGGUGGACAGUUUCCAAUUGACAAUGAUGUGCUCAAUGUGUUGAUAGGUUCAGUGUCAUCUGCUGAUCCUGAGUCUGCAAUCUUGUUUUGCAACUACAUGAUUGGGAAGGACCAAUUUCCUAGUCUUUCAAUCUUGAGCAAAUUGAGUCAGAAUCUCUGUAGGAACCAGAAAAGUGAUGAGAUGUGGAAUGUUUUUAAGGCCCUUAUGGAUAAAGGUUUUUUUUCUGGAAUAGAGCAAUAUAAUUUGAUGGUUUCUUUCUUAUGCAAGGCAGGAAGAGUGAGAGAAGCCUACAAUGUGCUUAGGGAGAUGAAGAAGAAUGGUGUUUGUCCUGAUAUUUACUCUUACAACUCUCUCAUGGAAGCUUGUUGCAGAGGGGACCUCUUGCGACCAGCUAAAAAGCUCUGGGAUGAAAUGUUUGCAAAUGACUGUAGUGCUAAUUUGCAUACAUACAACAUUCUUAUAAACAAGUUUUCUGAAGAAGGAAAAACUGAGGAGGCUAGGCAUCUUUAUUGUCAUAUGCUGGAUAAAGGAAUUGUACCAGACAGUGCUACAUACAUAUCCCUUAUCACCGUUUUAUGCCGAGAAGAUAGAAUAGAAGAUGCAAUCGAGAUAUGCAAAAAGUCCAUGCAUCAGGAUAAGACAAUUGGCAAUUCUGUGUUGAGAAAUUUAGUGCUUUCCCUCUGCAAAGAUGGUAAAUAUACGGCGGCAUCUGGUCUAAUACAAAGCCUGCCUUCAGAAGCCGAAUGCACAGAUUCUCAUGUCAUUCUUCUGAAAGGGUUAACAGAGGCUGGUCUGGUUGAGAUGUCUGUUGAGCACAUAGGAUGGGUACAAGCUAAUGUUCAUUCAAAAUUUCAAGCAAUACUGACAGACCUUAUGGCAUCUCUUUCAACUGCACCAAGUUUGGAGCCUGUCAAACAAUUGCUUCAAGCAAUGCAUGCACACGGAUUUGUUUCCACAAACGAUCCAUGGAUCAAUGUAUUGGAAAGUCAUUCAACAGGAGACUAAGGAGUUUCCCACUGUAUUGACUAUGCAAAAUUGGAAGCCAAGUGCAUGUUCUAUAGGUCGGAAAAGGAACUUUCUCCCUGAUAAACUCCUGGUGUUCCAAAUCCAGAAUCCCAUGUUACUUUCAGGGCGUUUUUUCAAUGUGAGGAAACUAACAAUCCACUCCAUUGAUCAAGCUCCACAUAGUUUGGACUGCCAUUGAGACAAGCUGGCUUCUGUCAAUAUGGUACAUGUCUAAUUUAUCUCAAGAAAAAAGUAUGACAAAUUUUCUUUUUGUCAGUUUGCCAUUGUUUUUGUAAUCAUAAAAGUAUAUCCGUUAAACAUUUACGCAAGAGUUGAAAUAUAUAUCUAAUUAAAAUUCGUUAAAUAUUUAUUCACAAGUUGAUAUUAUGGUUCUUGCAGUCCAUUCCUUGAUUAUUUAGUUCUGGUAGCCAAACAAAAUCGAUUAUACGGUUUCAACUUUUAGUCUGAUUCUCUUAUUCUUGGCUUGUCUCAUCACCCAUCCACAAAUUAUUUCUUUUUUUAAAAAGAAUCUGUUGAUUACUGAGAUCAACAAUCAAACACUGCCACUUUCAGUUGCAAGCAGGAUCUGAGAAUGCUGACGGUCAAAAUAGACCUCCAUGUGUAUUUUCUUGAUUUAGCUUAACGGCCGAUGAAAUGUACAAGGAUUUGCACAAUCCUUGCACAAUUGAUUUAGCUUAACGGCCGAUGAAAAAUUUUUGUAAGGUUGGA